GGCGGAAGCAGAAGUUGGGGGCGGGGCUUGUGGAAGAAGGCAGCAGGAGCGGGAUGGAAGUAGUUAGGUGCCCCGAGCACGGGACUUUCUGCUUACUGAAGACCGGCGUCCGCGAUGGCCCGAAUAAAGGAAAGAGCUUCUACGUGUGCCGGGCGGACACGUGCGGCUUCGUGCGGGCCACUGACGUUCCUGUUUCUCAUUGUUUAUUGCAUGAGGAUUUCGUGGUAGAGCUUCAAGGCUUGCUUCUGCCAGAGGGCAAGAAAGAAUACAGAUUGUUCUUCCGAUGCAUGCGAAGUAAGGCAGAGGGGAAACACUGGUGUGGAAGUGUUCCAUGGCAGGAUCCUAACUCCAAAGAACAUUCUGUAACCAGUAAGUCUCAGCAUGCAUCUGAGUCAUUCCGUCAUCCUUCCAGCCAGCUGAGAAACCCCUUCAAGGUACUUGACAAGAAUCAAGAACCAGGUCUCUGGAAACAGCUCAUCAAAGGCGAAGGUGAGGAAAAGAUGGCUGAUAAGAAGCAAAAGGAAAAGGGCGAUCAGCUCUCGGACCACAAGAAGGAACAGAAUCCUGGCUCUAACUGCCAGAUGGAGAAGGAGCUCUCUUCUGGCCGGGUGAUGAAGAAAAAACAAUCUGUAGUUCCAGAGAAGCAGCAACAGGAGAGGGCAGAGUUUCGGCGUGAAGCAAAGGAGACUGAAGGGACACACAAGAGAGACUUUUCUGAAAAUGAAUCUAAACAGCGCCAUGGUAAUGAGCUGAGAUCAUCUGCGUCUCUUCAGGAGAAAUCAAAUGGUAAGAGUCAAGAUGUCCAAAGAGAGUCAAAACCUCUGAGAGAAAAGGAAACCCAGCCUUUGCCUCAAAAAGUUCACAGUCAGAGCCCAGUAAGCAAGCCCCAAACGGGGGGACCUCUCAGCAAGGAGCACCUCAAGAUCUGGGAGGCUGAAGAAACCAAGGCCAAGGCCGCCCCAGGCACACAGACCAUCCAGAAAAGGCCAGCCCAGGGCCAUUUCCAGGCACAGUCGGAGGUUCGCGGCUUACCUGCUUCCAAAGGACCAGUGGCAUGGCCGUCCCCAGCAGCACCAGGACUUUCCCCGGGCGAGAGGCGUGAAGCUGCCACAAGCAGUAGUGACAGCGAGGAAGAUGAUGUCAUUUUUGUUUCCUCUAAUCCUGGGAGUCCCCUGCUCUUUGACUCAACUGUGGACUCCAAGAAGAAGGAGAACCUUCAGUUGCCUGAUCAAAGUAUGCAACGAAAGACAUCUCCUGCCUCAGGCCUUUCCAAGAAGGCAGAACCCUCAGACCCAGCAGCCCGACGUGUGUACCUUACAACACAACUGAAACAAAAGAAGAGCACACUGGCAUCAGUGAACAUCCACGCUCUUCCCGACAAGGGCCAGAAGUUGUUCGAGCAAAUCCAGGUGUUGGAGGAAGCGCUGGGUGCUCUCGCCCUCUCGCCGGACCCAGGAACUAAUGAGAAUAGCACGGAAGUACCACAACAGAGUAACUCCACCAAAACUGCCACUGGCCCUCCCCACCUGGUGCCUCCCCAACCCCUUCCGGGUCAUGCUGCCCAGCCUACGGGUUCCCUGGGACUGAAGGCUGCCUGCCAGGUGGCUGCCGGAGGCACUACAAACCAAAAUUGUCUUCACGCAGUGUGGCAGGUCACAAGUGAAGCCAUUGAUGAGCUGCAUCGCUCCCUUGCGUCACGUCCUGGUGAGACAGCUGUGGCAGAAGAUCCUGCUGGGUUGAAGGUGCCUCUGCUACUGCACCAGAAGCAGGCACUAGCUUGGUUACUGUGGCGGGAAAGUCAGAAGCCGCAAGGAGGAAUUCUGGCGGAUGAUAUGGGUUUAGGAAAAACCCUGACAAUGAUUGCACUCAUCCUGACCCAGAAGAAUCAAGAAAAAGACCAAAAAAAGGACAGAAACACAGCUUUGACGUGGCUUUCCAAAGACGACUCCCCUGACUUUACUUCCCACGGAACACUAAUCAUCUGUCCUGCUUCCCUGAUCCAUCAUUGGAAAAAUGAGGUACAGAAACGUGUGAACAGCAACAAACUGACAGUCUAUCUCUAUCAUGGGCCAAACCGGGACCAACGUGCGAAAGUCCUUUCCACAUAUGACGUCGUGAUCACUACCUACAGCCUUGUGGCCAAGGAGAUUCCCACAAACAAGCAGGAGGGAGAGAUCCCAGGUGUAAGCCUCAAUGUGGAGGGCAUCUCAACACCUUUGCUUCGAAUAGUCUGGGCUCGAAUCAUAUUGGAUGAAGCUCACAAUGUUAAGAAUCCCCGGGUGCAGACAUCCAUAGCGGUGUGCAAGCUACAAGCCCAUGCCCGUUGGGCUGUCACUGGAACCCCCAUUCAAAACAACUUGUUGGAUAUGUAUUCGCUGUUGAAAUUCCUCCGUUGUUCUCCAUUUGAUGAGUUCAAUCUGUGGAAGAGUCAGGUCGACAAUGGUUCAAAGAAAGGUGGAGAACGGUUAAGUAUUUUAACCAAGAGCCUUUUGCUGAGAAGAACAAAAGACCAGCUGGACUCUACUGGCAAACCUUUGGUGAUACUGCCCCAGCGCAAAUUUCAGUUGCACCAUUUAAAGCUUUCUGAAGAUGAAGAGAUUGUUUACAAUGUCUUUUUUGCAAGAUCAAGGUCAGCUCUGCAGUCUUAUCUAAAAAGACAUGAAAAUGGAGGCAACCAAUCUGGAAGAAGUCCUGAUAAUCCAUUCAGCAGAGUGGCACAGGAGUUUGGGGACACGGGGCUUCGACACUCCGAGGCAGCAGACUCACACAGAUCCAGCACCGCCCACAUACUGUCCCAGUUGCUGCGACUCCGCCAGUGUUGCUGUCAUCUUUCCCUGCUGAAGUCGGCCCUGGAUCCGACGGAACUGAAGGGUGAGGGUCUUGCCCUUUCUCUGGAAGAACAGCUCAGUGCUUUGACCUUGUCCGAACUCCAUGACUCAGAGCCAUCUUCCACUGUUUCCCUUAACGGCACACGCUUCAAGGUGGAGCUUUUUGAAGACACGCGAGAGAGCACCAAGAUAUCAUCUCUGUUGGCUGAAUUGGAGGCAAUCCGAAGAAAUUCAGGAUCCCAAAAGAGUGUCAUCGUCUCUCAGUGGACCAGCAUGCUGAAAGUCGCAGCAUUGCACCUGAAGAGGCGUGGACUGACUUAUGCCACCAUCGAUGGCUCUGUCAACCCCAAAGAGAGAAUGGACUUGGUAGAGGCAUUUAACAACUCCAGGAGCCCUCAGGUUAUGCUAAUCUCUCUAUUGGCUGGAGGUGUUGGUCUCAACCUGACUGGAGGGAACCAUCUUUUUCUUCUGGACAUGCACUGGAAUCCAUCACUUGAAGAUCAAGCUUGUGACCGAAUUUACCGAGUAGGGCAGCAGAAAGAUGUUGUCAUACACAAAUUUGUUUGUGAGGGAACAGUGGAAGAGAAGAUCUUGCACCUCCAAGAAAAAAAGAAAUGUUUGGCCAAACAGGUUCUAUCAGGAUCUGGAGAAUCUGUCACGAAGCUUACCUUGGCUGACCUCAGAGUCCUUUUUGGCAUCUAACCUCCUAUUUAUAAGGGCUCAGAAUCAUGCCAUUAUGGUUUAUAUUAGGAUCUGGGAAUCAGCACCCAACCAUUGAGC